AUGACUAAGGAUGAAAAGGAAUUAUGGUCGACUCUUGAUGCUAUGGUUUUUUUCUGGCUUUAUGCAGUCAUCUCCAAUGACCCGUUGCAUAGAGUUAUUGAACUCGAUGCCACGACCAUGGAUGCUUGGAAUAGGUUAAGAGAUAUUUUCCAAGACACCAAACAUUCCCGUGUGGUGUCGAAGAGCCACCUCGUCAUUCAACUUGUUUCGGGUCUCAGAAGUGCAUAUCACGGUGUAGGGACGUUAAUUCGACAAAGUGAUCCCCUACCUCUGUUUUAUCAGGUUCAGUCGAUGCUCAUACUUAAGGAAGCCAGAUUGGGAAAAGAGGCUGCCACGAGCUCAUAG